ACGUAGUGGGCGUAGCGGCUUCUUGUAAUGGCGACCGUGCCGUAGAUGUGCCUAACCGCUAGGUUUGUGAAAAUGAAGCGAAGAAGAAGUUAUUUCUUUUAAGUAAAACGCCGAGGUUCCCCGGAGGAGGACUGCGUCUACAACCAUCAUCUUUAUAAGUGGUAAACUUAGCUGUACUUUUGAACUUUUAUGCCCUUUGAAAUGAUGAAGCUCAAGUCAAACCAAACCCGGACGUACGACGGGGAUGGCUACAAGAAGCGGGCCGCCUGUCUGUGUUUCAGGAGCGAGACUGAGGAGGAGGUGCUGCUGGUGAGCAGUAGUCGACAUCCCGACAAGUGGAUAGUUCCUGGAGGGGGAAUGGAGCCCGAGGAGGAGCCCAGUGUCGCUGCUGCUCGAGAAGUGUGUGAAGAGGCCGGUGUGAAGGGGACUUUAGGUCGCUUAGUUGGAGUAUUUGAGAACCAAGAGAGGAAACACAGAACCUACGUCUACGUUCUUAUUGUAACAGAGCUGCUGGAGGACUGGGAGGACUCCGUCAACAUUGGGAGAAAAAGGGAUUGGUUUAAAAUAGACGAUGCCAUGCAAGUGUUGCAGUGUCACAAGCCUGUGCAGGCCACCUACUUCGAGGCUCUCCAGGAGAGUUGCCCGACCAGUAAUGGAACACCUUUGGUGGCGACGAUAGGCGGGGACCUUUCCCCUACCUACAGCAUCAAUCAGAGCUCCGUCUCGAGUAUCAGAUAACUAAAACCCUAACUCUGACACCUCCGGGAGUUUUUGCCACCACUUGCGCUCUUACUUGUGUCAUUUCUCUUCUCUGUUCUUUUCUCUUCUGUCUAAAUAACAUGGUUUGCCUUGCCAACUCCUUUGUGCCAGAACUGUGGCGCAGACCUGAUGACAAGUGUUGGGUGAAUAGUCUGAAAACACUUUGUAAAUGUCAUUUUGACCCCUAUCUUUUGUUUUUCUUUUUACUGACAACUGCAUGAAAUAUCUCCUCGCUCCCCUCAUUCUCUUUCCUUAACGCGCCCUUAGCGUGGUGUUUAAUGAAUGCAAGAACUACUUUUUACUGUUGUAAUGAACAAGUGUACACUUAGUGCUUACGCUGAAGGCUUUUGGUGGUCUUUCUAAAGUCUCCAUUUUCUUUCAGUUCUUUCUCUGUGAAUGAAUGUGGCCAUUAGUGUACUCUCUCCCCUGUUAAUAAGGAUAGGAAAUGUUGUCUGUAUCUGAAUGAACACAUUUGUGGGAAAUGACUUGUCUUGCAUGAGCACCGUUAUGUUGUCUCUCAUCACUCGCUCGAGUGACCUGAUACUGACUGUGCAACAGACUUGUGGUAAGGUCUUCAUUUUGCUCCUUGUCGUGGUUUUCGAUGUCUCUUGAAUCAGAAGGAUAUGGCCCCUCUCUAGUUCUUCAAUUUCAAGUGUGUUUCUCUCUGAUUUCGGGAAGCUAGCCAAGCACUACAGGUUUCACUCUCAAACAGCAUAUAGACUGUAAAGAGAGAGACAACGUCAAAUUACCACCUUUCUCCUCAGUGUCUUUACAUCCUUUUUAACUCCUUUUUUUUAUAUAAAUGCUUUCCUUGCAAAGUAUUCCUCCACAUACUGAGAGGGUAGAAGUAGUAGAGCAUAAAAUCAUUGAGUCUUGGUAAUUUCAAAAUGCAGCACAUAUCACUUAAGUUAUUAAAACCAAUUUCCAUAUUUAACUCCUCACAUUCAGUUUGGUUAAAAGCAAUUGUUUACACUGUUUCUAACAGCACAUGUGACUAGUGGGCACUUAUGGUCAUGGUAUUUCUUUUUUUUUUUUUCUUUACCCAUUCUUUUAAGUAUAGUAUUUAAUCGGCAUCCCCAAAAACACUCAAAGCACCUGCUUGACAUAGAAAGUAAUGGAAUCUAUAACGCUGAUGCAGAACAAACCAACCUUGUACAGUUUGAGACCUCGUUUUUAACUUGUAAAAUGCUUUUGGAUACUAGUUUAUUUGUUUUUAUGUUUUUCUCUCUAACGUCUGGCAAAAGUCUCUUUAGCCGAGCUGCGUCGCUUGGCCUCGAUGUGGCGAGGCCAGCUGGCUCAAUACUGUGAAACUGGAGGCGCUGUAGAUAGCAUGUUAGAGGUUUUUAUUGUAAAGUGUUUAUUUCUGUAUAGAUCAAAGGUGAGAGUACAAAUGACAAAACACCUCUUGCACAUCUGUGAGUCUGUAAUCAUUUCAACUGAGGCUGGAAGGAGUGGUUGGCGUUAAAUCUGGAGCUGUCGGGAACUUUUUCUUGAGAUAGCGGACAGUACAUCUGAGGCGAAAGAACGAGGCAUACGGCUGUGGUUUGUGAGAGUGAACAGGCUAGAAUAAAAUAUCCUCAAAAUCCUUCCUUUCUCAUUUAGACCAAAACAAAUCUGUAACCAUAACUGAUACUGUUUUUUGGCCGAGCUAAAGUCUUGAGUUUCCAAACCACUACUUGGUUAGACAUUUCUUUUCAAGCUAGCAGCUGUUCCACUGUCCCCAGUUUGUGUAUUUUCUAAUUUUUCUGAGUUUCUUUGAUCGGUCUUUCCAAAAAAGGUAAACAUGAUUGUGGUUUUCUGUCUAUAUUUAAACCAGUAAUGAGAAUUUUUGACCACUUUGGAGCUAGGGAAAACAAGCUGUAAAAACAUUGACAAACUUUAUUUUUUUAAUUUUUAGAUUAAAUGACAAACUUGUUGGAAAAGAGAUUUUUACACAAACAUCAUAUUUGGAGCAAAAUUGGCAAAAGUUAUAUGUAUUUUUUUUUAAUACAUAAGUCAAUGAUUACCUUACAAGCACUCAAACUACAGCUCUGAGCUUGCGCCUAUUGCUAAGACUCAUGGGAGAUGUUGUUUAUGAAUCUAAACAAAAAAAACAAUUGGUUAAUCGUAAAAGGAUGAAGGUGGUCAAUAUUUACUGUCUAGUACAGUAUGAGAGGGUCAUUUAACUUUGAAUAUGGACAGAAAACUCAAGCAUCAUAAUUCAGUCGACCAGAACCUAAUGGGAUCGGGGGGGGGGGCUUUAUGGGACAGCAGUUCCCAAACCUUUUCAUGUGAAGGACCCCUAAACUGACACAAAUUCGACCACGCACCUUCACAGUUUGAGCCUUUGAACCGUUUUGUUGCUGUGUAUCAGAAAGGUGAGGUGGCCAAAGUCUUGCUUUAUGAUUCUCUACCUGGCACGUUGUAUGAGAGCUAGUGCUGAUUAGACCUUGAAGUCUGUAAUGAAAUGUGUAAUCGGAUGUUAAGGGGAUGAACCUUUUUUAUGUGGAUUGGAAAAAGGAAGAAAACGAAUCUAAAACCUCUUAAGUGAUUUGCUCAUGGUGGUUGGAUGCCAGUGACCGGUACUGUCAAAAUGAAUGUGAGGAGGAUUUCUACAAGUAACAGCCAGUGAUUUUAUGAUUAAUGACCACUUGUUCUUGAUCUAUUUUUUUUUUUUUCCUGUUUAAUCUGUUGUGUUAUUGACAAGCUAAUAUCGUGUAUAUAGCUAACACAGCACCCUUACAGCCAGAGGACACACACUGGCGUUGGGCAAUAAGGAGUAGUGUCUUUUUUUUAUUAUAAACCACUCCCUGCUAACUUAACAUUCAGGCACUUCCUGGUAUAAGUAAAGUGAUUUGGGCUGGAGUUCAGGAGGGAAUCUAUGAAGUACAUGUAUCCAUAUAAGCACGUUGGAGUUAAAAGCGUCAGACCUUCCUCCUUGGGGUAUUUUUUGUUUUUUUUUCCAUAAUUGGCUCUUUUGAACUUGCGGGGGAGGGGUGAGAUUAAUUAAUGAUAGAACAAUUAGAGCUUCAGAUAAAGUCACUUCCUUUUUUAAUUUACAAAAGGUGAUGGUUUAAAUAUGUAUUUCCUCAUCUUGUGGCCAAAGCAACAAAAAAUGAAAAGCACAUCACUUUGCAGCAGAGGAUUGUAACAUUCAGUUUCCUUCAGCACGGCGACUUCAAUAAUUAGAAAUGGAGUGAAAAAGCUGCUAAAAGAUUACCCCAAAUACUAGUAAUUAAAUAAACUGAACAUGUGCAGCCGACCUCAGCCUUGAAGUUACAUACUUGUAAUUGUGUUCUCCAAGGUAUACGCGUCACUGGAAUUUUUCUUUUCCUCUGUCAUUUGGGACUGUGGAAUGAAACCAGUGCAAGAAGACUGAAGAUUGUAAUAUAAAUGUGCCAACAAAUAAACACCAGUAUUUCACAUUCA